UUCGUAGAGUGGUCUCUGUUUCUCUGCUGAGGUUCGUUUUUGUUUCUUUCUUUUUUUUUCUCUUUUUUUGUUUUUUGUUUUUUUUUUCCUUUUCUUUUUUUUCCCUCCUUUCUCGGAAGAGCCCUCGCAAUCGAGAAAUGGAGCAGAGGCUGAAGCAGCAGCAGCAGGCUUUGAUGCAGCAGGCCCUUCUUCAGCAGCAAUACCACGCCGCACUUCUGCCUCCCGCUCCUCACAUCGAGCCAAUUCCAAGUGGAAAUCUACCUCCUGGUUUUGACACAAGCUCAUGUCGUAGUGUGUACGUGGGUAACAUUCAUGUUGGCGUCACUGAAGCUCUUUUGAGUGAGGUUUUUCAAUCUACUGGACCAGUGGAAGGGUGCAAACUUAUCAAGAAAGAAAAGUCAUCCUAUGGUUUUGUAGACUAUUUUGACCGCAGAUCUGCUGCACUUGCUAUCUUAACUCUUAAUGGCAGAUAUCUGUUUGGACAGCCAAUUAAGGUUAAUUGGGCUUAUGCUAGCAAUCAGAGGGAGGACACAUCAGGGCACUUCCAUAUCUUUGUUGGAGAUUUGAGCCCAGAGAUUACAGAUGCUGCUUUGUUUGCAUGUUUUUCUGUAUAUCCAAGCUGUUCAGAUGCAAAAGUCAUGUGGGAUCAAAAGACUGGCCGUUCAAGAGGUUUUGGUUUUGUUGCAUUCCGCAACCAGCAGGAUGCCCAAAGUGCAAUCAACGACUUAACUGGGAAGUGGCUUGGAAGUCGGCAGAUUCGCUGUAAUUGGGCUACCAAGGGCGCAGGUUCCACUGAAGACAAGCAAAACCAAGAUGACAAGAAUGUGGUAGAACUUACAACUGGAAACUCAGAAGAUGGCCAAGAGAUUGCAAGGGAAGAUGCUCCUGAAAACAAUCCUGCGUAUACCACUGUUUAUGUUGGCAACCUUGCUCCUGAUGUUACUCAAGUGGAUCUUCAUCGUCAAUUUCAUGCCCUUGGUGCUGGAGUCAUUGAAGAAGUACGUAUCCAGAGGGAAAAGGGCUUUGGAUUUGUGCGAUAUAGCACCCAUGGUGAGGCUGCUUUAGCAAUCCAAAUGGGAAAUGGUCGCAUUGUUUGUGGAAAACCGAUUAAGUGUUCUUGGGGUAACAAGCCCACUCCACCAGGGACCAGCUCCACGCCACUUCCUCCUCCUGCUCCUUUUCCCAUGCUGUCUGCUGCAGAUCUAUAUGAGAGGCAGUUGGCUCUGUCUAAAAUGGGUGCUGGCCAGGCAUUGAUGCAGAUACCAGGUCAGCAUGCUUUGAAGCAAGCAACAAUGGCAAUGGGUGCUGGGGCUAGUCAAGCAAUUUAUGAUGGUGGUUUUCAAAACGUACCCACAGCCCAGCAACUCAUGUAUUACCAAUAAGGUGGUGAUAGUAAGUUGUCCAGAGUGGUAGCAGGAAGGUUUCUUGGGGGUGUUUCUUUCCUGAACUUGAAGACUCCGCCGUAUCUGCUGCUUUUCUUUGUUUAGAAUGCACAGAUAAGUUGAUGUUUGCCAUAGGCGUUAGUAGCAGACCAGUUUUUCUUUCUUUCCUUUGAUCUUGAAAACACAGUUGAUUUGUCUGACAGCAAUCGGUCGUUAAGUUUGUGGUAUCCAAAUUCAGGCUUCGCUCGUAUGAUGGUACUCCUGUUAGUGAUUUGUAAAUCAUGUAUCACAUCUUAUUUGGCUAAAUGUAGUUUUUGUUUUUUGUGAAAACAGAAAUCUCUCUCUUUCUCUC